CAUACUUCGUUCUAAAAUUAUAUUUACGUGGGAACUGUGGUAGGUUAGCAGAACUUAUCCAAGUAUGCAUCAGUGUCCAAAUGCUGCUCUGACAACAGUAACCUCAGUCCUCCUUCAUCCAUCUCUCUCUUGCCAGUUCAGUAAUUGCUGUACAAAGGGAAAGCAGAAGAGAGCUGUAGAUUCAGAAAGCACAAGGUAAAUAUGCAGCAGAAGUUUGCACAUGCAGGAUCUGCCUUGCUUUCAGUUAUGUCCACACAGAACAGACACAGCGAGAGAAACUGAUGUCAUUUAUUGCUUUUCAAAGCGCACCUAAAACAUUGUGUUCUUCAGCCAGUCUUCACAGAAAUGAUUUUCUCAACAGCAUACAGGCUACAGAGAUAGGGAUAAAGACAAUGAAGAAGGUAGCUAAACUUAUUUACCUUCAAUUAAACUACAAGAUUUACAAUCUGAUAACAGUCUAGUACUAGUAGUACUGAUAACAGUUCUAGUAGCUGGCAGAAAUGGAAAAAAUUCCUUUGAAGAUUACGAGAACUAACAAGGUUACCAGAAUCUCUUGUUUACACUUCACGCACAGAGACAUUGUGCAACGUUUCAUUAUAUUCGCCAAAGCAAAUCAGGAGGGUAAGGGUGGGGGUGGGAAAGAAAGACCAUAUAAAGGGAAAUUGCAUGUACCCGUUCUCUGUUUCACUCUUUCCACGAGGUUCGUGAAUGCAGAAUGAAGCUGUACUUGCUAAACGUUGUGCUGUUUUUUUGCUGUUGCCGAAGUGGGGCAGUGACCAGGGAGUACUACAUCGGGAUUAUAGAGACAGCAUGGGACUAUGCUCCUGGUAGUACUGAUAUCAUAUCUGGACAACGUUUUGCAGAAGAAGAGCAAGCUGAAGUCUUCCUUAAAAGAGGACCGCAAAGGAUAGGAAGCAUUUAUAAGAAGGCUGUCUACACUCAGUACACUGAUAUUUUAUAUGAUGUGAUAGUGGAGAAACCUUCCUGGCUGGGUUUUUUAGGCCCUAUCAUUAAAGGAGAAGUUGGUGAUUCCAUUGUUGUUCACUUGAAAAACUUUGCUUCCAGAAACUACACACUGCAUCCACAUGGUGUAAAAUAUACAAAGGAAAACGAAGGUGCUUUUUAUCCAGACAAUACCAAAGGUUUUGAAAAAAGAGAUGAUGCUGUGAAGCCUGGAGGCCAGUACACUUAUACGUGGGAUGUGACAGAAGAUCAAGGUCCUGCUGAAGGAGAUGCAGACUGCAUUACCAGGGUUUACCACUCUCACAUAGAUGCUCCAAGAGAUGUUGCCUCAGGGCUUGUUGGGCCUUUAAUCAUUUGCAGGAAAGGUGCAAUGAAUAAGGACAACAAUCAAUAUGUCGAUGCUGAGUUUAUCCUUAUGUUCUCUGUGAUGGAUGAAAAUCUCAGCUGGUAUCUAGAGGACAAUAUCAGGACGUACUGCUCUGAGCCUUCCAAAAUUGACAAAGAUGAUGAGGACUUUCAGGAAAGCAAUAAAAUGCACUCAAUCAAUGGGUACAUGUAUGGAUACCUCCCAAAUCUCACAAUGUGUGUGGAAGAUAAGGUAAAAUGGCAUCUUUUUGGUAUGGGUAAUGAAGCUGACAUCCAUUCAGCCUACUUUCAUGGUCAGACCUUGAUAGAAAGACACCAUCGAGUUGACACCAUUAACCUCUUCCCAGCCACGUUUAUUGAUGCUCUCAUGAUACCGAGGAAUCCCGGGGAAUGGCUGCUGAGCUGCCAAGUGAAUGACCAUAUAGAAGGUGGUAUGCAGGCCCUUUUUAAAGUAGAAAGUUGCAGAAAAUCCACAAUAAAUCACAAUGAGACUACAAAGAUAAGACAAUACUUCAUUGCUGCUGAAGAGAUUAUCUGGAAUUAUGGCCCAUCUGCCUUUAAUCAUUUUACAGGACAAGAAUUAAUUGCUGACAGUGAAUCUUCUGUAUUUUUUGAACGAAGUGAGACAAGAAUUGGUGGCUCUUACAAAAAAGCCAUUUACAGGGAAUACACAGAUGGUACUUUCACGGCACAUAAAAAAAGGCUUCUGGAGGAAGAACAUCUUGGUCUCUUAGGACCUGUUAUCAAGGCGGAAGUGGGCGAGAGCAUCAGGGUGACUUUCCGAAAUAAUGCCAGCCGCCCAUUCAGCAUCCAGCCCCAUGGUGUGAGUUACCACAAGAGUAAGGAGGGAGCCCUGUACGGAACUGCAUCCAGAGAUGCUGAAUCUCCAGCCUCCCAUGUCAGUCCUGGUGCUACGUUUACGUAUGAGUGGAAUGUGCCGGAAGAUGUGGGCCCCACAGACCAAGAUCCAGACUGCUUAACUUGGUUUUAUUACUCAGCUGUGGAUUCAGUCAGAGACACCAGUUCGGGCCUUGUGGGUCCUCUUGUGGUGUGCAGGAAAGGGGCUCUACUUCCUUCUGCAAAACAGAGAAGUGUGACCAGGGAGUUUUUCCUACUUGCCACAGUAUUUGAUGAGAAUCUGAGCUGGUACUUGGAUGACAAUAUUUUGAUGUUUACAUUAAAUCCUAAUGAAAUUGACAAAGAUAACGAGGACUUCCAAGAAUCUAACAAAAUGCACUCCAUUAAUGGUUACAUGUAUGGAAACCAACCUGGUCUCGAGAUGUGUAAAGGUGAUGUGAUUUCCUGGCAUUUGAUGGGCUUGGGGUCAGAAGUCGAUGUUCAUGGGAUAUACUUUUCACAAAACACAUUCAUAACAAAAGGAACAAGAAAGGAUACAACAAAUCUAUUUCCACACACAUUUGUUACGGCCAUUAUGAAGUCUGAUUCUGAAGGAAUUUUUGAAGUAUCGUGCCUGACAACGGAUCACUACAGAGGGGGCAUGAAGCAGAAAUACAAAGUGAAACCAUGUCAUUGGUGGAAUGUGGAUCCAUCCCUAUAUGUGCAUGAGAAGACACAUUAUGUUGCUGCCGUGGAAGUUGAAUGGGACUAUUCCCCUAACAGGACAUGGGAAUUUGAGCGGCAUCAAUAUCACAAGGAAAGCCCUGGCAAUCCAUUUUUAAAUAAAGACGACGCGUUCAUUGGCUCAAAAUACAAAAAGGUAGUAUAUCGUGAGUACACAGAUCAGACAUUCAGUACUCCAAAAAGCAGAGCAGAGGAAGAGCAGCACCUUCAAAUUCAAGGGCCACUGAUUAUGUCAAGUGUUGGAGAUAAAAUUAACAUAGUUUUUAAGAACCUGGCAUCAAGACCUUAUUCUAUACAUGCCCAUGGAGUGAAAACAGACAGUUCUGUUGUUGCUAUAACCAACCCAGGUGAAACUAAAAUGUACACCUGGAAAAUAUCAGCAAGAUCUAGUUCUGAGAGAGGUGAUCCACACUGUACUGCAUGGGCAUACCAUUCAACAGUGGACAUCAUUAAGGACACUUACAGUGGAUUAAUAGGCACACUUGUUGUGUGUCCUAAACAUUAUUUACCAUCGUCUCAUUCUAGAAAGAAAGUUCAUUUUGCUCUUCUGUUUAUGAUUUUUGACGAAAAUGAGUCAUGGUAUUUGGAUGAAAACAUUGCAACCUAUUCUGCCAACCCACAUCUUGUUGACAAAGAAAAUGAGGAAUUCCUUGAAAGUAACAAAAUGCAUGCCAUUAAUGGAAAAGUGUUUGGAAAUUUACAUGGUCUGACUAUGCAUGUUGGAGAUGAAGUAAGCUGGUAUUUGAUGGCAAUGGGCAACGAAAUAGAUAUUCACACAGCACACUUCCAUGGCCACAGCUUUGACUAUAAGCAAACAGGAGUUUACCGGGCAGAUGUCUUCGAUUUGUUCCCAGGAACAUUUCAAACAGUGGAAAUGACCCCACAGAACCCUGGAACGUGGUUACUGCACUGUCACGUUACUGACCACAUCCAUGCAGGCAUGGAAGCAACUUAUACAGUGCUCCCAAAGGAAGGUAAGAGCUUACCUACCCCAGUAAUGUUCAUUAUUCUUAAAGAUGCAGCACAGAGCUCAAGGACAUGUUCUGAACUGAUCACGCUCACUGAAGUGCUACUGCUCAGAAUAAAGAAAGAAUCUGAAGGAGUGGAUGUUAACUAUUUCUUCAGCUCCUCAUCAAUGAAAUGGCAGCUUUUUAUUUAAGAAAGAACGCAUCAGGAGACACAGUGCUUCUGUGCCCCAGAAGUGCUAAUGAAAUCAGCCUCCCUCUCACAUUUCAUUUAAAACAAAAAGAACCAAUUGGUGAAAAAAGCUGAAGUCGCCAUUCUAAGUACUGAAAAUUAAAGUAACAGUUUCUUUUUAAAAGGCGUGUUUUAGCCUUACAAACACUACUUAACUAUUACUAUUACUUUAGCAAUCUUGCCUGUGAAAAGAACCUGAAUCCUGAAGAAUUUUGAAAUUUCUUUCUUCUACAAAGCUAAUACAACUUUAAAAGCAACUUUCAUGUACUAAAAAUAAUAGGUAUGUAUUAUCUUAAUUGACAGAGUAGUAUUCCAGAAUGUAUGUCCAUAUCUGUAUAUACACACAACUGUAUGAUGUACAUAAGUACACUAACAAAUGCAGAUUAGAUUGUUAAACACUAUCUUGUUAUAGAGCUGAUUUACAUGAUACACCGUGACAAAUUUCUGCAUAUAAUAAACCAAUGGAGUAUGUGUAGAAAAAAAAGACUUGUACCUGAAAAUGCAGCACGUAGCAUUUUUCAUAAUCAGCUCUUAUAAUUCAUGUAUGUUAUACCCUUCAGUGUAUUUUAAUUGUUUUUAAAUCAAAUUCAUAACGUGUAAAAGGUACUGAAAUCAUUGCCCUCAUCUUACACUAUGCUGCCUAUUGGCCUAUAUUCUUCUUUUGACAGGAUUGGAAAAAAAAAAAUGUUUUCCCUUCACAGACAAAUGGUCUUUGUUCCCAAGAUUAUUUAAUCGAUCCAAGUGCAAAGGCACACCAGGUGCGCGAGAGUGAAGAAAACCAUUUACUACAGUGAUUCUCCAAGAUCUACUUUCAGCAAAGAAUUGCUUGAGAAAUACUCCUUUCCCUGUGUUUAAGAAGAUUGCAGGUGAUGGGCUACAGCUACAGAGACCACAGCCUGAGGCAACUGGAUGAGUAUAAUAGCUUGUAGUUUUUCCUUAAAUAAAAAUCACAACUUGCAAGGUAGCCAUGUGUUAGGUGAUGCCUAAUGCAUGUUAUUUAACUGCUGGGAAAGCCAAAUGAAAUGUACUUUGUGAGGACUCUUGUUCUCAGUUUGUAACUAAUUCAGUGUUUGAAAAAAUAAAUAAGUUGUUUUAGACCAACAUCUUAGUAACCACAA